CUAUUUGGGAUGACGGGAACCAAUGAGAUGUCACCAGUAGCGCCGCUGCCUGACCACCAAGAUUGACGUGGAAGACACGUCAAAUUGAUCUUAACAAACUGCAAGCAGAUAACUGAGAGCGAUUUGCUCUGAUCAGAUAAAGAUCGCCCUUGCGCUUUUGUGGUGCGACUACAGUUGUUCUGCCAUCAAAAGGAAAACGCAGUAUUGGGGGAAAGAGCCUCUUUAGCGCACGACCCUCCUCCUCAUCUGGAUCUCUGGAAAGGAACCUCCUCAUCCCAUGUAUAUCUGACUUGCUACAUUUCUGCCGAGGAGCCUUGCAAUUCCAUACAGCCGCACGGAAUGGAACAAACCUACGGCGAAGUCAACCAGCUGGGAGGCGUGUUUGUCAAUGGAAGACCCCUGCCCAACGCUAUCAGGCUGCGGAUCGUGGAGCUGGCCCAGCUGGGCAUCAGGCCGUGUGAUAUUAGCCGGCAAUUGCGAGUCUCUCAUGGAUGUGUCAGUAAGAUCCUGGCGAGGUACAACGAGACCGGCUCCAUCUUGCCCGGGGCAAUUGGGGGCAGCAAGCCCAGAGUCACCACCCCUAACGUGGUGAAGCACAUCAGGGAGUACAAACAGAGCGACCCGGGCAUCUUCGCUUGGGAAAUCAGAGACAGACUUCUGGCUGAUAAUGUGUGCGACAAGUACAAUGUGCCCUCUGUCAGCUCCAUCAGUAGGAUAUUAAGGAAUAAAAUUGGAAACCUCUCUCAGCCCAGUCAGUAUGACAGCCCCAAGCAACCCGCAUCCCAACCAACGUACAAUCACCUGUAUCAGUACCCCUACCCCAACCCCAUCUCUCCUGGCUCUACCAAGGUGGGCAGCCAUCACCCAGGGGUGCAUAUGCCUACGGGACAUGUCAGCAUUGCCAGGCAGUGGCCUUCGGCUCAUUCUGUCAACAACAUUCUGGGAAUCCGCACCUUCAUGGAACAAAGCCCUAUUGCCGGCACAGAGGGCUCUGUCUAUUCUCCAAAAAUGGAAGACUGGGCCAGUGUCAACCGAUCGGGCUUUCCUGGCAGCCAGAAUAUGAACGGCCUAGAGAAAUCUGUGGUGGAGCCUGAUAUGAAAUACCCGCAGUCCGCCUCAGGUCUCUCUACAGUGGGCAGCUUUGUCCCAGGAUGUGUGUACCCUACCACCAACCAGUAUGGGGUGUAUGGGGGCCCAGGAGCUGGGUACGUUACCCCAGGGCACCACUGGCAGACACAAGGAAACCCCCUUGGGCCCAGCGUGACGGUACAUGGAGGAGACAUUGCAGCCCCAGUGACAUUCAAACACCCAGUGAGGGAAGUUGUGAACAGGAAACCCAACAGCCCUAUCAUAAAAAUCCCAGAGACCUUGAGUAAUAUACAUGGACUUCCAAUCCCUGCUUCAUCCUCUUAACAAGCUCAAGGCACCAGCAACUGACUGUAUAAUGACAGCACUCAAGCAUCUGCCUUACAGAAACUGUCGCAGCAAUAAUUUGUCAGGAUGGCCCCCUGCUGCAGAAAGGCUGAAUGUGGAACUGGGCCCUGCAAUCACAGGCUACAUUCUAUCCCUGCAAUCUGGGCCCUGCAAUCACAGGCUACAUUCUAUCCCUGCAAUCUGGGCUCUGCAAUCACAGGCUACAUUCUAUCCCUGCAAUCUGGGCCCUGCAAUCACAGGCUACAUUCUAUCCCUGCAAUCUGGGCCCUGCAAUCACAGGCUACAUUCUAUCCCUGCAAUCUGGGCCCCGCAGUCACAGGCUACAUUCUAUCCCUGCAAUCUGGGCCCCGCAGUCACAGGCUACAUUCUAUCUCUGCAGUCUGGGUCCCGCAGUCAUAGGCUACAUUCUAUCUCUGCAGUCUAGGCCCUGCAAUCACAGGCUACAUUCUGUCCCAAGAGAUGGGGUGAAAAAUGGAAUGAUCCUUGAGUGAGGUGUUUCAUUGGGACAGUGAUGCAGUUGAUGAGAAUUUACUUAUCUUCUUCUUUUUGUUUAUUGUCAUGAUUCUUCCUUCUUCCUCUUUUAGUGUAUUUUAUGACCACCUUCUCAUACAGACAUUUGGCCUCUGGCCCUUCAUCUCUUGUGAAACUCCUUGGGAAAGGCUGGCAAAGGUUGUAGGAAGCUAUAGUUUAGCAGCAGCAGCUAAGGGUCUUGUGCUCUACAUCCCUGACCUAGAAUUACAAUAAUGUGCUUUUAUAUAUAUAUAUAUAUAUAUAUAUAUAUAUAUAUAGACACACACUUAUAGGCACAUGUACAAUUACAGCUGGAUCCUUUGUGGUGUCUUUUAUUUAAAUACACUGAUAUUUAAUUCUUGCUAGGGGAAUCUUCAUUUUAGUUUUUUUUCCCAAAUAUUUGGAAUAAAAUAUAUGAUGCAAUGAUGUGAAACAAUCUUUGUGAGUAUAAUGUAUAGCUAAGAUUGUAAAUGUACAAAUAAAUAAAUAACUCCAUUUUAUUUUAUAUUUUUAUAAACGUAAAUAUCCUAAAAAAUUAAACAGAAAUUCCUUUAA